AAAAUAAUCGGGAGGGAGGAAUUGCAGUGAAGACAAAAAACAGAAGAGGAUUUCUUCUUCCACAGUACAGAAGAGAGAGUGGCGCGAAAUCCAUUUUUCGCAGGUAUCUCCUCCUCCCUUAAUCCUAAGGAAAUGCUCCAAAGCUUCAAAACUAGCCGUGGUCUCUGCAACUCAUCUAGGAAUGCAUUGAAUUCAUGGCGCAUUACCAGCCUUUGAAUCGGCAGGUCAACUCCUUGUAUAGGAGGUUUUGGUACUUGAGUGGAAACUUGACUAGCUCUUUGCAAACCAGUCUGAAGAAUGCUCAGAUACAGUUUCCAUUCACUCCGUGCAGUAAGUUUGUUUCCCAGGAUUGCCGGAGUUUGUCAACCUCAAGUUUGAAGUCAUCUCAAGCGAUUUCUGCAUCCUCUCCUGCAGAUACAGUAAUUCCCUUAAAGUGUGAAAAUGAACUCCACCAAGAGACAGUCCAUGAUAUAACUCAGCAUGAAGGGAGAAAGGUGGAUAGUCAUAGUAAUCCGUCUAAUUGUAGAGUGAUGCUUGUAGAUGGAACAUCAAUCAUUUAUCGAGCAUACUACAAGCUCUUAUCGAAGUUGCACAAUGGUCAUCUAUCAAAUGCAGAUGGAAAUGGAGAUUGGGUACUAACUAUAUUUUCAGCACUAGCUCUUAUAAUUGAUGUCUUGGAAUUUCUGCCUUCUCAUGUAGCUGUUGUAUUUGAUUAUGAUGGAGCUCCGUUUGAUCAUACUUGUGUUUCAUCCAAAGAAAAUUUGAGGGGAAAAGGUAUCAAUUUUCGCCACAAUUUAUACCCUGCAUACAAGAGCAACCGUCCUCCUACACCUGACACAAUAGUUCAGGGACUGCAAUAUCUGAAAGCAUCCCUCAAAGCCAUGUCCAUUAAAGUCAUCGAGACACCUGGAGUAGAAGCAGAUGAUGUGAUUGGAACUUUAGCCACAAAAAGUGUUGCUGAAGGGUUCAAGGUGCGAGUGGUUUCUCCAGAUAAAGACUUCUUCCAAAUUCUAUCUCCUUCAUUGCGUCUUCUACGCCUUGUACCACGGGGCUCUGAUUAGUGGUCAUGGAUAAGGGGGCAAACAUGCGACAACCCCAGGUUUAGGUAGAUAAAGCUGAAACCUUCUUGAAUCCUCUAUUCCCAGCCUUGUGUAACAUUAUGUUAUUUCUCACAUUUUCAUAGCUUUUUGUAGAGUCCUAGAGGACAGUAGGGAUUUUGGAAUCCCUUCAUUAUUGAUAUUAUUUUGGGUUAUCAUGAAGUGUCAAAUUUAGAUAAACUCAAUAUUUCUAUUUGAAUCCAUUCCUGCUGCCCCUAAGAUAACUCUCGUUUGUCCACUUUCUGUUUCCUUGCUGAUACCAUAUUCAUUUGUUUGCUUCCUCAGAAUGGUUUCUUUUGGGAUAGAAGAUUUUUCUAAACGAUAUCUGUCAUUGAAACCUUCUCAAUUUGUUGAUAUGAUCUCUCUCGUGGGUGACAAGGCAGAUAAUAUUCCAGGAGUUGAAGGUAUAGGUGACGUCCAUGCUUUGCAACUAAUCUCUAGAUUUGGGACGCUGGAAAAUCUGCUGCAAUGCGUUGAUCAAGUUGCAGAGGAACGAAUAAAAAAGGCCCUGAUAACACAUGCUGAUCAGGCUGUACUAAGCAAAGAACUGGCCAUACUACGAUGUGAUCUUCCACAUUACAUGGUUCCAUUUGACACCGAAGACCUGGAGUUUAGGAGACCAGAGGAUAAUGGGGAGAAAUUUACAAGUCUGCUGAAUGCGAUAAGUGCUUAUGCGGAAGGAUUCUCGGCUGAUCCAAUCAUUAGAAGAGCUUCCUACCUCUGGAAGAAGCUCGACUCUCAGUGACCUCUGCUAUGCAGCAUCCCCCAAAUCUGUAUACACCAAACUCCCCAAGAUAUUGCCAGUAACGUUUAAAAUGUGCCACCAUUUUUGGUAGGAGUAACUAGGCAAAUUAUUUUCAUGCACGAGCCCAACAAGCUUACAGUGCUCAACCAAGCUCAGAUCUAGUACCAAGAUGUCAAAUCAUUGGAUGAAUGAGGCCUAGAAAUGUUGAGAAUAGAACUUAUCUCGUCGUUGAAAGCAAAGAAAGAGGAGCCAUCUCUGCUUUCUGAGUCUUGUUCAUCUCCCCAUAUUGCGUCGAACUCUCACAAAUCGCGGUAAAAUGUCGUGGUACUUUGAUAAAUGAUGAUCUCUCCAAUUAAUCAUUCUCGUCC